CUCCCCGGCGCCGCUUCCCUCCUCCCCUCGCCGGCGGAGGAAGGAGGUGGCCGCCGGCCCUCCCCGACCGCGCAUGCGGCUGUGCCGGGCCGGGGCAGCGCCGCCGCGCUCGGGGCUUGGAGCCUGGGUGUCCCUUCCCGGGUCCUCCGCCCGGCGGGCCCCCGUCAGCGCCCCCGCAGAUGGGCUUGGGCUGGAGCAGCGCGGAGGAGCGGCAGCCCCUCCUGCCGCCGCCGCCACAGCAGCAGCAGCAACGGCGGCGGCCGCAGCCGCGGGGGCCGGCGGGGGGCCCGGCUGUACCGGCGGCGGUGCCGGUGCCGGUGCGGCGGCUGCCGCCCUUGGCGGGCCGCGUGUACGGGCGGCGGUGGCUGGUGCUGCUGCUCUUCUCGCUGCUGGGCUUCGCGCAGGGCCUGCUGUGGAACACAUGGGGCCCCAUCCAGAACUCGGCCCGCCUGGCCUUCGGCUUCAGCGGCUGGGACAUCGCCCUGCUCGUCUUCUGGGGGCCCAUCGGCUUCGCGCCCUGCUUCUUCUUCAUGUGGCUCAUGGACAAGAAGGGUCUACGAGUAACUGUGUUACUAACAUCAUCUCUCAUGGUAUUGGGAGCUGGCCUGAGAUGCGUUCCAGUUUCAGAUCUAGAAAUUAGGAAGAAGCUGAUUCACGGAGGGCAGCUGCUAAAUGGCUUGGCGGGGCCAACUGUGAUGAACGCGGCACCAUUUCUUUCCACAACGUGGUUUUCUCCCGAUGAACGUGCCACAGCAACAGCCAUCGCGUCGCUGCUCAAUUACCUGGGCGCUGCUGGCGCCUUCCUAGUGGGACCUCUCGUAGUGCCAUCUCCUAACACAACAUCUCACCUCCCACUGGCAUCGCAGAGCAACACAGAGCACAUCAAGGACCGCAUUGAGGCUGUGCUGUAUGCAGAAUUUGGAAUGGUUUCCCUGAUAUUUUCCGCAGCACUGGCCUACUUCCCCUCACGACCUCCAUUCCCGCCCAGCGUGGCUGCGGCGAGUCAGCGGCUCAGCUACAGGAGGAGCUUCUGCAGGCUCUUAAGCAAUUUCCGAUUCUUGAUGAUUGCUUUAGCCUACGCUAUACCAUUGGGUGUUUUCUCUGGCUGGUCUGGUGUUCUGGAUUUGAUAUUAACGCCAGUUCAUGUAAGCCAAGUAGAUGCAGGCUGGAUUGGAUUUUGGUCUAUAGUUGGAGGUUGUGUUGUUGGCAUAGCAAUGGCAAGAUUUGCAGAUUUUAUCAGGGGCAUGCUGAAGUUUAUACUGCUGCUGCUUUUAUCUGGAGCAACAUUAGCAUCGACCUGGUUCACUCUCACCUGUCUAACUACUGUCACUCAUCUGCCUUUAACCACAGCUACACUGUACACAUCCUGCAUUUUGCUGGGUAUAUUCCUCAACAGCAGCGUACCAAUAUUCUUUGAGCUCUUUGUGGAGACAGUCUACCCUGUUCCAGAAGGAAUUACCUGCGGAGUUGUCACUUUUUUGAGUAAUGUGUUUAUGGGAGUGCUUUUGUUUUUCCUCACAUUUUACCAUACAGAGUUUUCCUGGUUCAACUGGUGCCUGCCAGGGUCGUGUCUGCUCAGCCUGCUCCUCAUCCUCUGCUUCCGCGAGUCCUACGACAGACUCUAUCUCGACGUCGUCGUCUCUGUGUGAUAACGCCGGACUGGUGAGGGGUUGGAAGAGAAUGGAGUCAGCUUUGCAGUGUGCACACCUGCCUGGAUUUGCACGGCUGAACAGUGGAAGAACGAAGAAAUUACAAGACUUAAUUGUGGCUUUAUUAGAAGGGGUGAGGAACAGGCUGUUCUUAACCUUCAAGGCCACCUUGAUUUGUGAUAAACGUGGAACUUGAGUGGUGAUACUGAUGCUGAAAUGCACAAAGUGAAUAUA